UUGCCUUUAUUCUCUCCACUCAAUCCAGAGCAGGAAGAUACCUCCACCAUGACCUCCUACUCACGCUCAAUCAACUACUCGGCUGGAAGCCGCAUCGGCUCCCAGAGGGCCCCCAGUGUGUAUGCCGGCGCUGGAGGCUCUGGGGUCCGCAUCUCCAGCAUGAGCGCUCCCAGAAGUUUCUCCUCUGCUGGUGCAGGGUUUUCUGCCUCUGGGGCUGGUGGCAAUGCUGGCUUCAACCUGGCCGAUGCCGUCGACAUCUCUGACAACAAGAAGAUGGCCAUGCAGAACCUGAAUGACCGUCUGGCCACCUACUUGGAUAAGGUGCGCAAGCUUGAGGCAGCCAACAGCGACCUGGAGCUUAAGAUCAGACAGUUCCUGGAGAAAAAGACCAGACCUGAAGGCCACGACUGCACUGCAUUCAAGGUCUCCAUCAGCGACCUGCAGGACAAGAUCUUUUACGCCACUGGUGCCAACGGCUCUCUCUACCUGGCAAUCGAUAAUGCCAAGCUGGCUGCUGAUGACUUCAAGGUUAAGUACGAGAACGAGCUGGCCAUGCGUCAAUCAGUGGAGGCCGACAUCGCCGGGCUGAGGAGGGUCCUGGAUGAGCUUACUCUAGGAAGAUCAGACCUGGAGAUGCAGAUUGAAUCCAUGAAGGAGGAACUCAUCCAGCUCAAGAGGAACCACGAGGAGGACCUUCUCAGUAUGAGGGCCCAGGUUGGAGGUCAGGUCAAUGUGGAGGUGGACGCUGCUCCUCAGCAGGACCUUUCUGUUGUCAUGGCUGAAAUCAGAGAACACUAUGAGACCGUUGCCAGCAAGAGCCGCAAAGACCUGGAUGCCUGGUUCUGUGCCAAGUCUGAAGAGCUCAAUAAGGAGGUUGCUGCGAGCACAGAAACUCUUCAAACAUCCCGCUCUGAAAUCACAGAGGUCAGACGCAACCUCCAGGGCCUGGAGAUCGAGCUCCAAGCCCAGCUUAGCAUGAAAGCGUCUCUUGAAGGAACCCUAACAGAAACCAAUAACCGCUUUGCCAGCAUGCUAGUCGCGUACCAGAGACAGGUGGGCGCUCUGGAGGAGCAGCUCGCCCAGCUGAGAGCAGACCUGGAGCGUCAGGGAAAUGAGUACCAGACGCUGCUGGACAUGAAAACCAGACUGGAGAUGGAGAUUGCUGAGUACAGGAGACUUCUGGAUGGAGAGCUCUUUACACCGCCUGUCUCCUCAACCACCACAACAACAAGGAGGGUUGUCAUUGUCACCAAAGAGACCGUGGAUGGUGAAGAGGUCAGCUCUGAAACUGUGAUGAGAGAUUGAGACAACAAACAUCCAUCAAUUUGCUGCCAGCCGUUCUCAGAAAUACACCAAUAAAAAAUACUUCUGAUGAACUGAAA